AUAAAUUAUACCGUAACCAGUCAUAAAGUAAUGUGUAAACUUUCUUGAUUAUGCCGCGCCAAGAUUUCCUGAUUUACUUGAAAAGGAGCUUCUCAAAAAUAGCAAGGUUUCCAAGAAACAAACACAAUAGAAGAAAAAUCAGGAAAAUGGAUAAUUGGUCAUCAGGAAAGCAGAAGUUUCUACCCUACCUUAUGCCACCUGAUGCAGGUUUUGAGCCUUUAAGAGAAGAAAAAUAUCCUGACUUUGUUCACCAACCAAGCUCGGAGAUUUCUGAAGACCUUGCCCAUGAUGUAGCAUGGGCUUUCAACAAGUUGGAGUCAGAGGGAUUCUUCUAUCGCCAUUGGGUGGUUGUUCAGGGCAAGCAUGUACUGACUCCUGUUUCCAGGACCCUAGUGGGUAACCCAGGCAUGACUUACAGGUAUCUAGGACUCCGAAUAUUUGCCCUUCCCUGGACCUUCGAGGAUAGAAAGGAGCUUAGUGAGGUAGAGAAAGCAUGUAGUAUCAUUGGCAGAUUGAAUCAGUACUUGAAAGCAACAUCCUGUGCGAUAUUGAAGGAAAGACAGGUAGAUGUCCCAAUCCAAAAUACAAAAAUGGCAAAGAGGACAGAUGAAGGAACCGGAAGUACUUUGGAAAGCAAAGAUACAAAUGUGGAGGACAUUGAGGAAAGGUCAACUGAAAGAUUAAGAGAUCAUUCUGAAAAUAAUGUGAGAACUGGUGAAGAUUCUGAACAAGGCAACGGUCCUAGAGGCGAAGUACAAGGCUCGGGAGACAGUAUCAAUGCUCCAGGAGAUUCUUCAAUGAUAAGCAGUGGGAGUGGUUCAGGUGAUGCACCUAAGGAGGAUAUUUACAGAAACAAACGAAAGAGGCAAGAAACAAGAGCCAAGACAAUGGACGAAGGAACAGAUUUCAACGUGGCCCUGAUCAAUUACAUGGACCCACUGAAUCCAGAGCUGAGUCUUAAACCAGAACCCUACUAUGACCUAGGCCCACUAGCUGUUCCUUGGCACAUGGAUGGCAACCUUGUCCGAGGGUCUACUGUAGCGGUCUACAGCUAUAUCUGUGAGUCUGCAUAUGGGGCAGAGAAGAGUAGAAAUUGGAUGAUAGGUAUCAACAAACCAUGGGAUGAGGUCACUCCUGCUUUAGCUGCCCCCCUAGCCUCUGGUGAUGCAUACUUCAUGCUUGCAGAUCUCAAUGAUACUCACAGGCAUUGUGUCAUAGCUGGGGAUCAGCCAAGAUUUGCCUCAACCCAUAGGGUAGUAGAUAGUGGCCAUGGGACCCUAGCUUACAUCCAAGCACGAUGUCAGUCAGCACUGGAGAAUAUCAUCUAUGAAUCGGUUGAAGGAGGAGAACAGGGGUCUGAUGGGAAACCAGCACUGAGAAGCCUAGAUUCUGCGGCUCUCCAACUUGCUGAGGAAGUACACAAUGAGGUUGAAUUUGAAUGGCUGAGACAGUUUUGGAUGCAAGGUUCUCAUCAUGCUACGGAGAGAUCAUUCUGGAUCAAACCUAUGGAGGAUUUAGAACACUCUUGGGAAUGUAUGGAGCAUAUGACCAAGCUUGCUAUUGAAGCAUCUAUGAAUGUAGAAUCAUGUCAAGAAGCAGCACGUAUCAUCAGAGACAUCUUGCCUUUCAUCGAGAACAGAGAGAGACAAAGAUGUAUUUGUCUUAAUAGGUAUAGUGGAGAUGCUCUCCUCAGUAUCAAACCAGACCGCCUUCCACUCUAUAGACCGACCUGGGAUGACAGUGACCUUUCACGACCUUUGCCCUUUACCCUUACCAAGGUCAUCUAGAGGUUGAAAGUGAGGCUGAUUGAAGUGUAGUAGGAAUCAUCGUGUACCUGACCUGUCUUAAACCAGACCACCUUCCACUCUACGUCAAUCGUUGACAGUUGUUGACGGAGAAGAUGACACUCAGGGUCCCUCUCAUUCUUUCUCCAUAGAUGAGUCUACUUUCUGGUCUUAUUCAAAGCAGUCAAUUAUGUAACAACACUACUGAUGCCAGAAUGUACAACAUGGAUACACCCCUAUCUUGUGUUAACCUUCUUCCAAGCAUAACUGAGAGAGAUAGUCUACCAGAGACAAGGACAUGAUGCCCAAAUAGAAAUCUUCAUCUACACAGAGUGACUGGUGUGUGAACAGUUAUUGAUAUUUACUCUUGGGUAUGAUCCAUUAGAGAUGAUGAAUUUGAUACCAAACUCUUCAUAUACACCCUUCAUCUGGUAUUAAUAAUCUGUCUUGUGUAUACGAAAGUGAUGGUUGCCAGGCAUUUGUUCUUGAUACCAGUCUUUAUCUAGACAAUCUGUCUGGUGUUAACCAUAUUCUAUAUAUACAUAGCCGGAUACUUAACUGUCUCGAAGUGAUUGAGAAAGGCUGUUUAUAUUGCAUCUAAGAACUGGUGUUUGCUGUAAAGCAAUGGAAUCACCAAAAGGAUAAAUUCUCCUGAAGACCAUGUGCUCUCCACAUGACCUUGGAAUACACCCAAAUUGUCGGUCCAACAGUUUCUACCAUUUUUUGUUGUUGUAUUUUAAUGUGAGGGCAAACCUUCCAAGGGAUAAUUAUCAUUUUUAUUCAUGAUAUUCUAAUUAAACAUCAUGAAAAGAAGAAAAUUUGAUCUUGUCGAGACUUGAAACUGAGAGCAAUCAUUCUACAACGUUCACUAACACCCACAAUCAUCAGACAAGUCAUUGGGGCUGCUGGAAGGCUACAUAAUGCAUGGAUGAUAGGAUUUCCACAAAGGGCAAUUCCAUGCUAGAAAAAUCAGCAAUUUUCACAUCAUUUUCAACCUGCUGUCCAAACGAACAAAGAACUUCAAUUUGCUUUAUGGUAAUAUUAAAGUACUACUGGGUAGACAUGCAAAAAACUGACAACCAACAAAAAAUAUAGAUGAAUGUAAGCUUAAAAUGUUGCAUUUUUGCCUAUAAUUUAAACAUAAUCAUUUUUUUUUGUGUUGGUUAUUAGUUUUUCACAUGACUACCCACUAUAGCUUUAUCAUUGACAAAAAGGAUAUUUUAUUGCUCAAGCAUUCAGCUAGGAUACGAGAAAUUGUCAAAAUGUCCUGUACGACACGUAUGGAAUCGCCCCAAAAUGACUGCCUCGUCUUUUUCUGCAGCACCAUGAUCUUGUCUAUGGUGUGAGAUUCAAACCUGACCAGUGAGUCUUAAUAAAUACAGACAAAGCAUCCUUUUAUUAAUUUGUACAUAUUGAAUUUAAUGGCAAUAUCUCUUUACAAAUACCUGGAAGAUCAUCGAUCUUAACAAGAGUAAGAUGGAACCCUGAUCAACCAAUGUUUAAAAUGUUUAAUCUAUUCAUAUAAAUUGUAUUAUUUACUGUUAUUUUUAAGCACUAAAUAGCUACAUGUACCAUACAGGAAAUUUUUGGCAGUUCAACAUGUAUGUCAAGUUGACUUUAGUAUGACCUACAAUGUCUUACAGAGGAUUAAAGAGGAUCAUCAAUCAGCUUGUAUGGAAGCUUAAACAUGCAAAUUUCUUACCAUUUCCAAUGUACUGUCCCAAAUGUACCAUUGCAUGGCCAUGUAUGUCUGUGCAUUUAGCUUUGCGAGCUAACUGCGCCUAUGAUUACUUGUUUCUUUAUUGGUUCCUUUGACAUUAAUAUCUCGGUAUUCAAGGUGUUGUUCAACCCCAAAAAGCAAAUAUUCUAAUUCAUGCAAUUUUACAGAAUUUAAAAAAUGUGACAUCACACACUAGUGUCUAUUCGUAAUAUUACAGCAUGCUUGAACAGACAUGUUAUAUCAUAUCAGUUUAUGAGUUUGAUUGAUAUCAGUAAGGACUGGUGAUUUGGGUGUCUAUGUAAAGCAAUGUCUAUGUAGAUAACUAUAUUACAAUAGAAAACCCAUCAAUUUAUAUAUUCAUCGCUCAAUCACAUGUUCUUUUAAAAAAUACACAAGAUUUGGUUAACAUGCCAACGCAUUAAAUAAAUAAGGUUUCAUUUAAAAACGUUGCUCACAAUCUCUGACCUUCUUCCUUACAAAAUAUUUAAGGUUUAAUGUUCUUUCCCUUUAUCAGACUCAUGUAGUCUUGAAUACUUGGAGCCUUUUUCAUAUUUCACCAAAAUGAAUUCACUUGAAGGGGAAGUAGGUCCUAGGGAUAAAUCGGUUUUGAUGAAGGAGACAAAUUAGAGAAAAAUAUUGAAGGUUUGAUGAAAAUCCAUUAAAGAAUAAGAAAGUUAUAAAUGGUUGAAUUGGACGUCAUAUGCAAGCAGCUUCCCCAUAUAUCAUGUAAGAUGACUUCUAUUUUUCAUUUAAUGAACAAGAAUGAAAAUAAUUUUCUUAUAGAAGGGGGUAUGAAAUGAUGUAUCUGGAUAUAUAUCAGCCCCACGAAUAAAAUCACUUUCUAUUUUAUUUUUUGGUGGGGGAGAAAAUAGCAUUUAAAGGAUGAGAUACAAGUACACGCCAUCACAAAAUAAAACUUUUAUUAUCAAACCUUCACUAAUAUUUUUCUCUAUUUUUUUUCCGCAUUGCAGGUAAUCAUCAGGGUAAACUUCCCCUUUAAGCAGAACUGCUCAAAUCAUUUGUUUAAGAUACCUAAAGAACAAGAGAGCUGUGUAAAUUACAAAUUCAAAUGGAUGUAUAAUCAAACCAUGGCAUUAUUAUGAAAUAGGUGUCUUCUUCUUGUUCACUUUGUACAGUUACAGAUUCAUAUAUUAAAUCUAUUGACUUCACAUGG